UGAUCAUCGAGAGAUCCUCGACGAUCGCCAUCAGCAGGUAGCACCCUCACAUAUACUCGUCAAACAACAAAAGCUUAAAGAAACUUCAUCCUGUCAAUACCCUCUGCAUUUCUUUUCUCAACAGGCCUAGAUGGGCACAUCGCCAACCUUCAUGUGUGCCGCGCAGCCUUCCUCGCUCCUUCCCUGCUUCAACGUUUCCCCGACGUCACCCAUAACCCACGUCAGGAAGCCGCGAUGAGCGACUUGUCUGUCUUUCUUCCUCUCACUCGACCUCGUCCCCCCUCACCUUCUCCCUGACGUCGCCGCUGCUUCACCAUUGCGUCUUCGCUCACCCUCGCCUCAACCCGGCUGCUCCGCGGCCACAGCAACGCCCAUGGCAGGAAAGGCGAAUAGCAAGAGCAAGAGCAAGAGCACCAGAGCAGCUGCAACGGAGGUCAAGUCAGCGCCACUGCCUGGGCGCACUCGGGGCAGGUCAUGUCUGUCUGCAGAGAAUUCCAAUGUCACAGCAGAGGUCCAGACGACGAUGACGACAACAACAACAUCUACGUCGACCACUCAGCAUGUAGACGUCCAACAGAGCGUUCAGAUCAUGCAAACCAUGCUACAUGGAUGUCUUAGUUCUAUCGUGUUCCAGAGAAGCAUCUUCCCUCCCAACAGUUACGAAACAAGAUACUACAUCAACAACAGCAGCCAGUGGACAUACAAAGACUAUCUCAGUGCCAAUCAAGGCGUCAUCAAGGGAGACGGCACCGGAGGUCCCAUCUUAGCCCUCAAGAAAGGGGUUUCGGCUAGGGUGGACCGCUUUCUUGGCCUAAUGGAAACCGGCAUCUUUGACGCUCUGCAACGCGGGUUCUUGAAGUCGUUGCAUUUGUCAAUCUACGAGAAGCAACCUUCAGAUAUUCUAGAGUCCUGGACGUUGACUGUCCAAUACAUGCAUGUCGGCCCUGCCGGUCAACGCUUACCCUCUAGCUUCGAUCUGAAGGAGCGAAGAGGUGCCAAAAUCACGCUCAGCCAUGUGAAGCUGUCUUUGAACGACUUCGUCCGGAAAUUGACCGGCCUCUGCUUGACUUUGCCAGCAUUACCAGAGGACAAGAAGAUAAUUUUGGAGAUUGGGUAUACAAACGACAAACCCCAGGAUUACUUUGCGCCCGGCUUUCCGCAUCCUGUAUAUGAUGUUACUCGGUUUCCCUCUACGGAUGACUGGGAGAAGGUUACAUCGGAUGUCGCUCUGAUGUGCACCGGAUAUCAUGCGGCAUCGUUGAGAGUAUCUCACCUUAGAAGCAAGAACCCCAGCAUCAAGAAUUCCCUCCCAAGCGGGCUGAAGUGCACUGAAAAGAUGGGAAGGUUAGACGAUGUUAUGGUGGACUUGCUUGAGCGAGCUCAGGCGGUAUCGGAAUCCCGCUCCAAACCAAAAGCCUCGAAAGCUGUCGAUCUCUCUUCGUUGUCGAUGCAAGCAGACGACCUAGACCUACCAUCAAAACCGGAGCAUGUGCUACCAUCCGGCUCAGGGCGGGGUCCUCCUUCUACGUCGUCUCUAGUUAGGGACCAUCGGAGGUCUUCAACUAUCGAGAGGCAGGAGCAGCAGCAGAUUCGAGACAUGCUUCGAGCUCCGGUAGAUAUUUCCAACACCCAAGCAACGCAGCCUGUACUCCCCGAUCAGCAUGUUUCGCUCGGCAGGAAACCCGCAAGUGGGAUAACAAUCUCACAAGCGAAGAUCGACCAAGCAGACAAGGAACGAAGCGCUAGGCUUCCACCUCGGAAGGAAAUAUCCAAGGUUCUAACAGCCUAUGAGCAUCUCGACCAGAUUACCAUGCGUUGCCAAUGCGGGCACCCGGGCGAAGAGGGGCAUAUGAUGCUAUGUGAAUUUUGCGAAUCAUACCAGCACCUUCAUUGUUAUGGAUACGUCGGUAAAGAUGAUCUCCGGCUUCCUGUUACUCACGUUUGCUACCAGUGUCUCUUGAACGGGGAAGAAGAGCACGUGCGACAACUACGUGAUCAAGCCAUGCAUCGCCGUGCCCUAUGGCUUUUGCGAGACAACGCCAGCUUCGCCGACACAAAGUCGUUUGGCAGGGGUCUUGGUUGUACAGACCGUGAAACGGAGAGACUACUCAAGAAGUUCCGUGCUCUUGGACUGCUUGCUUCGAGUCUCGGAGGGUCCAAGAAGCGAGUGCAACCUAUUGCGCUCAACCAGUCCGAAUCCGCCAAAGCAUUGAUGCAGCAAAUGUACUUCGACCCCAGCUUUGGCAUCGCUCAUCACCUGGAGACAGCCGCGGCCCAUGAUGGUGAGGUUGGCAGCAUGACAGCAAAGUCACACAAGCGACCUCGUGAAGAAGCAGACGCCGAGUUGCCCCCUUCCAAAAGGCCACUCCCCUACGCGAGUAGCGCACCGUUCAUUGAUGGGAAUGAACUGAAUACGCCGAAGUCGAGCAGAACACUCCAACCUAUCCUACGACAAGAGUAAAUGUUGUGCGCGACGAACUUCCAAGGAUGCUACGGGUCUACUGCAGCGAGGCUAUCUGAUCUCUUGGUGCUGUGUGUUUCGUGGAGUGGCGUUCGUUAGCAAAGACGUAAAGCUCCGUGCGUGUUUGCAUGAAAGUUAGAAGGCCGGGCGGCAGAUAGUAUGCAGCUGUUCUUCAGAUCAAAUAAUGAUUUCUAUGGCGGAU